AUGCUCUGCAGGAGGACAUUCCUAGAAGGUAUCAAUAGGCCUCCGUUUCUUCUCGCAAUCUUGACUGAUAGCUUCAGCUAUGUCCAAUCUUUGAAUGAUCGAAUCGAGGAGCUGAGCUCUCAACUGGCAUUGCAGUUCAGCCGCCCCGUGAGCACACCAGGAUCAGGUGAGGCAGACUCAGAUGACUCUUUUCAUGUCCUGAUGCCUGGUCCUGGAAAGAAUCUUUAUUUGGACCUAUCACUGCCGUCACGCAUUACAAGAGUAACGUAUGAAGUACUCGCGGGCCAGCAGAAACCAAAUGGUAUCUCAGCUAUGAUUGAUGAUUACAACUCCAAUCCACCUGGUUUUGUAAACCUCGAUCGCUCUCUACUUACCCCUGGGACAAUCCGCUUUCUUCUCGGUUGCUAUGAUAGAUGUAUCCGCCCUCAAUACGGUAUCCUCAUCCCGGAAACUUUGCAUUAUGAUGGCAUGAAUUUGCAGAAACAGCCAGAUAUGCAAAAAUUUAACAUCCUAAUGGCAUGCGCGAUUUCUGCUGCUCGCGAAAGCUACCAUUCCCCUCAUUGGAAACCAUUCGCACAGCUGUGUCGGGACUGGGCCGCUGAUUUGAUCACACCAAUAAUACUACCGGCAAAUGUCGACUCCCUCACCGCGAUUCUGUUGCUGCUUAUAUAUGAAUUGGCGGACCCGAGCAGAGGUUCUCUCUGGGAGUUGCUCGACCUUGCAACACGGACGUGCUUGCAACAGGGCUGGCACAAGACGAUAACGGCAUUGUAUCCUAGCUUAUCUCCGCUAGGCAGCGGAGAGAAUGCAGACGCGGGCGCACACAAUGAAGCUGCGGUUCGGUUGCUAUCAAUCCUCCGAGGGAUUGAAGGGUAA